AAUUAAAAAUUAAUUUUUAACUAUCUUUCUAAAAUAACUUAGGUGUAUCAUACAAUCAAGGAAGCAUUCAGAGAGCAGCAUUAUGAGACUGACUUUAUCACUGCAUUCAAAGGUCCUUCCUUAGAACUCAAGGAUGGGUUGACCGCUGCUAUAACCUUCGCUUUUGCAACAUUUUUUCAACCACUAUUUGGAUCGCGAUCCUAUACGACCAAAUAAUACUCCUAAGAUGAUAUGAUCCUAUAUGGGCCAUCAUUGAUAGAAGAUGGGAAACCUAACUCCAUCACCCAUUGCAUCCUGCAGCAUACUUCUUGAACCCUCAGCUUCAUUAUAGUCCCAAUUUUCAAGCUGAUACAGAGAUUAAAAUUGGGUUGUACAAAUGUCUUGAAAAAAUGGUCCCUGACACUAAUGAGAGGGUGAAGAUAGAUUUGCAAAUUGAUGCGUUCAAGAAUGCAAGAGGACUCUUUGGUAUACAAAAUGCAAUCUUGACUAGAAAAAAGAGAUCUCCAGGGGAUUGGUGGGACUCUUUUGGUGAUGAAUGUCCUGAGUUGAAGAGGUUCGCAAUUAGGGUAUUAAGUCUAACAUGCAUUUCAUCGGGGUGUGAGCGCAAUUGGAGUGCUUUUGAGAUGGUACACUCAAAGCGGAGGAAUUGUUUACACCAAAGGAGAAUGAAUGACUUGGUCUUUGUCAUGUACAAUUUGAAACUGAGACAAAGGCACAAGAAUAGACAAGCAAUCAUGAAUCCAUUAUGUUUGGAUGAUGUUCCAUCAGACGAUGAGUGGAUAACAGAGAGAGAGAAGCCGACUCUUCCAAGAGAAGGAAAUUGGUUGAGUGUGCUUGAUAGGAAUGCUCGACAUGGAUGUCAUUCAGAAGAUGAGGAGGUAGAUGCUCUUGCAAGGGAUUUGGAACAAGCAUGCCAUGACCAUAUUGGAGAAAAUGUCGAUGAAAUUCAUGAAGUAAGUGAUGAUGAUGAUAUGGAUGACAACAUGAAUGCUCCAAGGGAUUUUGAUCAUGACUUUGAUGAUGCUACUAUUGGUGAUGAUGACAUUGAGGAGUUGAGUGACACUGUGGGUGAUGAUGAAGAUGAGGGAGACAAUGAGAUCAACAAUGUUGUUGAUUGUGGCAAUGAUGAUUUCGGCGAUGAAAAUGAUGACUUAUUUUAGUCUCUUGUUUAUUUAUUCUUCUCUUAUUUUAGUUUGUUUUGUUAAGGAUAUCAUAUCAAUGUUGUGCAAGUGUUAACUUGAAGACUUGAAGUUGAAUUGCUAUUUUCUUUUAAUAUGUUUUUUUGUUAA